AUGGAGAUUCUACCACCAACAGACCAGAUUCAGAUCGAGCCCCACGCUCUUCCUUUGCAGAGAAAUGGAUCGGCUGUCCACCGUCGUGGGAACGUGAAGAAUGAGGAGACGCUGGAGAGAGUGGUGAAUGGGACCUGCAGCUCAGAGCCCAAAGUGCACAGUGUCUGGAACAAUAUCCUGUUUGGACCUGGAAGAGUGCCACUAUGGGACUGGAGGGCCUUGCAGAUUGUAGUAGCCUUCACCGCCCUCCAGGGGGUGCUCUAUUACCUUCCCUUUGGCAAUGUUGUAGAAGGCAAAGUGGGGCAUGAUGGGAAACGCAUAAGAUACAGCCUCAAUGGCCUGCAUGCUCUGGCAGUGACAGUGCUCCUCCUGGUGGGACUGUGGUACUGCGGCAUGUUCCAGGGGCCCACAGUCAGCGGGCGGGUCCUUCAGCUGGUGGUAGCCUGCACCGCCCUGUCCCUGCUGGCGGCCACUGUCCUCUACCUCCAUUCCCUCAGCGCUGACUCAAGGCAGCUAGUCAACUAUGGUGAUGGCGGUAACUUCCUGCAGGAAUUUGCCUUGGGAAGAAUUAUAGACCCGUCUGUGGGCAGGAUUGACCUGAAGCAGUUCUGCAUGGUUAGGAUCGGGUUCAUUGGAUGGGCCCAGGUGGACCUCUGCUACCUGCUUACAGAAAUCGAGAUGCGUGGUGCGCCCUCCCUGCCCUUACUGCUGGUUGUGACCUUUCAGCUCAUCUACAUCCUGGACUUUCUCAUUGAUGAGGAGUCGGUGUUGCCCACAAAGGAGUACACAGAGGAUGGGAUUGGCUUCCUCAUGAUUUUUGGGGAGUACAUGUGGGUCCCUGUCUUCUACAGUCUCCCUGUUCACUUUCUGCUGCACCGACCCACCUAUAUCUUCCCCCUCACCACCACCAUCAUCUGCCUGCUGUUCGGAAUUGGCUUCCUGGUCUAUCACCUAUCCAAUGCUCAGAAGUUUAGAUUCAGGAAAAAUCCAAGUGAUCCUGCAGUUGCUCACCUGGAGACCCUUCCUAGCCCCUCAGGGAAGAACCUUCUGGUGUCAGGCUGGUUUGGCAGGGUGCGCCACCCCAACUACCUGGGGGACAUACUGAUGGUCUUGGCCUGGUGCCUGCCGUGUGGCGUCACCAGCCUUCUGCCCUACCUGCCCUUUCUGCAGUGCACCAACCUGCUCCGGCAGCGAGCGAACGAGCUGGAGGAGGCCUGCAGAGAGAAACACGGCACAGCGUGGCAAGAGUACUGCCGUCGUGUGCCGCACAAGUUUGUGCCGCAUGUGUACUGA